UGUUCCCAAAGAUGAUUCGGCCAAAACAUGGCGCUGCAAAGCGAGCGGUGUUGGCAGUUUUCUUUGCCUACUUGGCAAGUUGUGCAUUCACCCCAACACCACCGCGAUCGUCACGAUCUUUACACCAUGUGGCCGCCAUGGCGGCUUCCGACAGCGAGGCAGCUACAGCCGCUGCCCCAAAGGCUUCAAAGCCGGCCAAAUCAGAGGAUUUACCACAGCAGUUGGGACGGGCCAUCACUGAUGCCGUGGCCGGUGCUGCGCAGAGUGUAGGGCAGUCAGCUGCCAACGCUCUGCAAAGCAAAGUGGAGGAAACGCAAGCCUCCAUCAAAGCAGAGAUUGACGCCAUCCCGGGCAAGAUCAGUGGUGCUGCGCAAGAUGCGGUGGAGCAGCAGAAGCAGAAGAUCGCCGCCAUUCCGGGCAAGAUCAGUGGUGCUGCGCAAGAUGCGGUGGAGCAGCAGAAGCAGAAGAUCGCCGCCAUUCCGGGCAAGAUCAGUGGUGCUGCGCAAGAUGCGGUGGAGCUGCAGAAGCAGAAGGUGGCUCAGCAAGUGGAUGCCGCGGUGGAACGUGCCAAGCAGAUGCCGAAGGAGGCCGCAGAGAAGGCCGUGCAGCGCUUGCAGCAGCUACCGCAGGAAGCCUUGGAUAGCCUGACCGGUGCUGCGAAGGCGCAAGCCAGCAGCGCGCAGCGCUCAGCAGAGGAGGGUCUGGACUCAGCAGUGAAAGGGAUACAGGCUGUUCCUGUGAAGCUGCUUGAAGCCAUUCAGGGCGCAACUGUGGGUGUGGUCACAGGCAUCACAGGUGCGAUCCAACGUCGCUUCGAUGAGAUCCUUCAGGCCAUUGUGGAUACCCCGAAGGUUGCUCAGCGAGAGGUGGCUGAGGGCAUCAAGAAGAUCCCCGGGACCGUCCAGCAAGGGGUCAACAAGGCCGUGGCCCAGCCGAUUCAAGAGUCUGUGGCCAAGGCCCAAGAUCAGUUGGAGCAAAAGAUCCAGACGGCCGAGAGCUGGCAAGACAAGAUGAAGGCGGGGCUGAACCACUCCCUCGCCAUCGUACAGGAGCAGGCGCAGAAAGGAUACGAAGUGACCAAGGAGCGGGUGAACACCUACCGCGCCGGACAGGAGCUCCUUGAUAAAGGUGGAGAAGCCGCAGAGACUGCCAUUCGAGGGAAGAUGAUGGCCAAGGUGGCCGUGGGCCACUCCGAAGAGCUGGUCACCCGCGCACGUGUGGCAAAGGAGACCUUGGAGGAGACUGUGCGCUGCCUGCGAUCUGCACACCAGUCCGCAGAGAAUUUGCCAGAAGGCUUGGAGAAAUUUGGGGGAAUCACCAUAG